CUUACACUCCGGCUCUGAUAACCUGUUUCCCUCCUGGCCUUUCUGUAGAGGCUCUUGAUCCAACCGAUAUAUACCUUUUCUAUCAGCACUCUCGCCAUGUCGAACCCCGCAGACUACACCGUCGGCUGGAUUUGCGCCAUCAGCACCGAACGUGUCGCUGCAGAAGCCUUCCUCGAUGAUGAACACGACGGUCCUGAUUAUGUCUCCCCUCAUGAUAACAACGAUUAUACAUUAGGCAGAAUUGGAAAACACAACGUCGUCAUCGCCGUCUUGCCAGACGGAGAGUAUGGCACAUCCUCAGCUGCAUGCGUUGCGAGAGAUAUGCUUCAUACCUUCCCCAAUGUGAGGAUCGGCUUAAUGGUCGGUAUUGGCGGCGGCGUCCCAAGCCAAACACAUGAUAUUCGCUUAGGUGAUAUUGUUGUGAACGCUACGCGCGACGGCAAGAGUAGUGUUGUGCAAUAUGACUUUGGCAAGACAAUACAAAGUCAGGCUUUUCAGACAACAGGCUUCUUGAACCAAUCUCCAACGGUGCUACGAACAGCAUUGAGUGGACUUAAAAGCCAAUACGAGCGCAGAGGCCAUGGGAUCGAGGAUGCUAUAAAUACUGUCCUAGACAAGACCCCCCGCAUACGAAAGAAGUACAGGCGCCCGGAUUCAAGCAGCGAUAUGUUAUUCUGCAACGAUGUUAUUCAUCCUUUGGACACAGAAACAGCCUGUACGAGCUGUAGCAGGAACAACCCAUUUGGCUCGAUAUCACGAUCUAAGCGGACCGAGGACGACGAUAACCCAGCUAUCCACUACGGCAUCAUCGCCUCAUCGAACCAGCUAAUGAAAGACGCCAUCCUUCGCGAUAGGAUUGCGGCGGAACAUAAUGUCCUGUGUUUCGAAAUGGAGGCGGCCGGACUAAUGAACCACUUUCCUUGCCUAAUCAUUCGGGGUAUAUGCGAUUAUUCCGACUCGCAUAAAAAUAAGGAGUGGCAAGGAUAUGCAGCGAUGGCGGCUGCUGCGUUUGCCAAAGAUCUGCUUUACCGUAUACCGCCCAACAAAGUUGAGGCAGAGAGGCGAAUAGUGGAAGCCUUGGAAUCUAUACUGUCUCUAACUAUGUCAGUGCAGGACACUUUGAGCCAUAUCCAAUCGACAGCAGUUGAAACGAGCACCAACAUUGAGGAAAUACGCUCUGAUAGCCACCUCACCCGGAUCAAACAAUGGCUCUCGCCUCCAGACACAUCAACCAAUGCCAACUACGCCCGGGAAAUUCGACAUCACGAAACCGGUACAUGGCUGUUGAAUACCCCUGCGUUCAAGGAGUGGAAGUCUGGAUCACUACAGCAUGUCUGGCUCCACGGGAUGCCCGGGAGUGGCAAGACUAUUAUCAGCACGACUGUUCUUGAUGACUUAACGAAGAUGAACGAUCACACCACCCUCAGCUUCUUUUUUGACUUCAGCGAUACGAAGAAGCAAACUCUAGCCGACAUGCUCCGCUCACUCGCCUUUCAGCUAUACACCCAGCGGAUCGAGUCCAAGAAGGAAAUGGAUAGUUUAUUCACAGCUCACGAGGAUGGUCAGAAACAACCAGCACCUAAAACUCUGGCUACAUCGCUGGCAGCCAUGAUGCAAGCUUCUGGGAAGAUUUUUAUCGUCCUUGAUGCUCUAGAUGAGUGCUCUGUGAGGGGCGAGCUGCUCACGUGGAUGAAGAGCUUUUUCUCCGAUCCUAGUUUUGUUCAUGUUCAAGUCGUUGCUACUGGACGACCAGAAGAAGAGUUCCAGCGUUUCUUCCGCGGUUCAUUUGGAGAAGACCAUUGCAUCUCCAUGGAUGCGGAGUCGGUAAACAGAGAUAUACGCGCCUACAUUGAAGCUAGACUUGAGCAGAGCCCGGAGUUCAAGAAAUGGGCGUCAUCGCCGUCUGUAUUGAAACAGAUUCAGGACGACAUUGGAUCUAAGGCCGAUGGCAUGUUCAGGUGGGUUGCAUGCCAGCUAGAUAGCCUCGAGACGUGUCUCGAUCGGGAGGCAAUCGAAAAGGCUCUCGAAUCACUUCCAAGAACCCUAAAUGAGACGUACGCCCGCAUUCUUGCGAGUAUUCCCCCAGAACGCAAGCACAAGGCAACUCGUCUACUACAAUUUCUUGUGCAUACCGAGCGACCUUUGACUAUUGAAGAGGCUGUGGACGUGAUUGCUGUCCGCCUUGACAAUGGUGGAUCUUUCGACGAAAGGGAUCGGCUGCCUUGCCCGUCCGACAUAACAAGAUUCUGCCCAAGUUUAGCCACGCUUGUGAGAGCUUCCCGAGAUUGGUGGGUAAAUGAAGAACUACAACUGGCUCAUUUCUCAGUCAAGGAAUACCUUCUAUGUUUCGAUGUUGAAGGCCUUAACUACAUGGAUGCUGCAAUCGAUAUCACGGAAACGUGUCUGGCUUAUCUCAGUUGUGUGGCAGAAUCCCGAAUACAUGAGGCGCGAUUCCCACUAGCACGAUAUUCAGCCAAAAUAUGGAUGGAUCAUGCUCGGCUAGCUGAGAGCUCGGAGCGAGCCCGAAAACAGAUUCUUCGUUUUCUGAAGACUGAAAAAACUUACAGGGCGUGGACUCGGCUAUUUCAACCUGACAACCCAGAGAUUUUUCCCCCACCGGAGACAGAUGCACUUCCACUCUACUUUGUUUGCUUGAAAGGUCUCAAAGCAACUGCAGAGGCGUUGGUGUCAUCAAAGACAAAUGUUAGUGCUCGAGGGGGGAGAUAUCAAAACGCUCUGCAAGCUGCAUCCUUCGAAGGCCAUCGAGAGAUUGUACAGAUACUCGUAGAUAGGGGAGCAGAUAUCAACGCCCAGGGUGGAUUCUUUGGCAGCGCUCUCCUCGCUGCGUUAUACCAAGGCCAUCAAGAGAUUGUGCAGCUGCUAUUAGAUAGAGGAGCAGAUAUCAACGCCCAGGGUGGAUUCUUUCAUAACGCUCUUCAAGCUGCAUCAAUCCAAGGCCAUCACGAGAUUGUGCAGCUGCUAUUGGAUAGGGGAGCAGAUAUUAACGCCCGGGGUGUACCAUAUGGCAACGCUCUCUACGCUGCAUCAUCCCGAGGCCAUCAAGAGAUUGUGCAGCUGCUAUUGGAUAGGGGAGCAGAUAUUAACGCCCAGGGUGUACCAUAUGGCAACGCUCUCGAAGCUGCAUCACGCCAAGGCCAUCGAGAGAUUGUGCAGAUACUAUUGGAUAGGGGAGCAGAUAUUGACGCCCAGGGUGGGGUAUUUGGCAACGCUCUCCAAGCCGCUUUGACCGAACGCCAUCAAGAUAUUGUACAGAUGCUCUUGGAUAGGGGGGCAAAUGUCAAUACCAAAGGGGGACGAUAUGGCACUGCUCUGCGAGUUGCAUCCUUACAAGACCAUCGAGUAAUUGUACAGAUACUCUUGGAUGUGGGAGCAAAUAUCACGCCAAAGGGGGUAAUAUUCCCAAGCCGCUUCAAAAGUAGGUCAUCAGGGUAUUGUACAGAUGCUCCUGGACAGGGGAGCGAAAUUUAA